AUGCGCACCCUCCGUUUCGCCCUUCCGUCGCUGCUCGGCGUGGCGAUGUUCCUCGUCCCCUACCGCACCGCGGACGGCGUCAACAUCGGGCUGGGGAUCCUGACCGACUGGACCGAGGCGCUGCUGGGCGACUCGCUGCGCGUGAUCGUGGUGGUCAUCGUUUGCGUCUCGGCGGCCUUGUCAGCGUUCGUUGCGGUGGCGCGGCCCGCGUGGUCGCGCCGGCCGGGUGGGCUCGCCACGGUCCUGGCCGGAUCCCGGACUUCGGUGGCGGUACGCGUAGUCGCCGCAGUCGUGGCGUGCAUGAUCCUCUUCGGCGCCGGACCCGCGUGGAUCACCUCGGCGGACAUGGGCGGGGUCAUCCUGAACGACCUCAUGACGGUGAUCGUGGUCGUCUUUGUGUUCGCGUCGUUCCUGCUGCCGUUCCUGACCGAUUUCGGCCUCAUGGAGUUCAUCGGCACGAUGGCGCGGUGCGUCUUCCGUCCCCUGUUCCGGCUCCCGGGCAGGGCAGCGGUGGACGGCGCGGCCUCCUGGUUCGGCUCGUCGAUCGUCGGGCUCGUGAUCACCACCGAGCAGUACGACCGCGGCCACUACACCGAGCGGGAGGCGCUGGUCAUCGCGCUCAACUUCUCGGUCGUGUCGGUCGCGUUCGCGAAGGUGGUGGCCGACUUCGCGGGCGUGGGCGAACACUUCCUCGCGCUCUACGGGGCCGUGGUCGUGAGCGGCCUGGCGGCGGCGGUGAUCAUGCCGCGCAUCCCGCCCCUGUCGCGCAAGGCGGACCGCUAUGCGGCCAUCGGACCCGCGCAACCGGCCACCGCCCCCGAGCGCGGACUGCUCUCGCGCAGUCUGGAACUCGCUGGGGACCGGGCGGCGGGAGCACCCGGCCCCCGCGCCCUGGCCCGGCACGGGCUGCGCACCACCUGCGACAUCUGGUUCGGGCUGCUGCCGCUGGUCAUGGUGAUCGGGACCUUCUCCCUGGCCAUUGCCAACCACACCCCCGUCUUCACCUGGCUGUCCUACCCGCUGGUCCCCUUCGCCGAGCUCCUGCGGCUCCCCGAGGCGGCGGCCGCGGCUCCCGCGCUCCUCGUGGGCUUCGCCGACCAGUUCCUGCCGGUCAUUCUCGGACAGGGGAUCGAGAGCGAAGUCACCCGCUUUGUGAUCGCCUGCGCGUCGGUGACGCAACUGGUCUACAUGUCGGAGGUGGGCGCGUACCUGCUGAAAUCGCGGCUGCCUGUCGGCCUGCUGGACCUGUUCGUGGUCUUCCUGCUGCGGACGGUGAUCACGGUUCCUGUCUGCGCGGUGAUUGGGCACCUGCUGUUCUGA